GGAGAAUGGAUAACGAUGUUGAUAUGAGCUAGGAACUCAUGAAAGAGGGGAAAAUUAUGGGCAUCGUCGCCCCUAAGGGUGCUGGCAUGGCCCCUUGAAGGAUGAUGCCAGCCUUGAAUCUGUCCCGCCGUGCCUCUGUCUGAGCCCAACGUCUGUCACGGCGGCCGAUGACGGCCCGCUGCUCCCGGCAUUAGUGAGGUGGCCCGCUUGGCGAGCUGUAGCUGAAGCACAAGAACCAAAUCCAGACCCUUGACCUGUCCCUACUCUCCUUCCCUUCUUCACCAUCUCCUCUUCACUUUCUCAGCACCUCCUCCUCCUCCCCGAGCCCCUUCACCUCCUCAAGACCCUUCAAGCCACCACUUAACUCUCCCUUCACUCAAGCACUCUUUGACAGAGUCACUCACUCUAAUUCCUUCUCGAACGUCAGCUCUCGUCCGCACAGUGCUCAGCGGCCCACCUUCUUUCCAUCGCCACGAUGCAACUGUACUCAACUCCCUUUGCCCUCCUCUCCCUGGCCUUUGUACUCCUCCUCGGCAUUCCCAAGCCCACUUACGCUUCUUCCAGCAAGUAUAUGGCUCGUAGCCAUCCUCGACACCACGUUGCCAACCGUAUGGUCAAGCUCGCCCUGCGCACCGACACCAGCGCCAACGAGGAAUUCGCACGCAAGACUCUCAGUGGCUUGGGAGAGAUCCACCGUGGACGUGCAACUUGGUUCGAGCCUGGUGAGUGACUGACACAGACAAGACAAAGGCUUGCGCGAGCCUCGAUGCCGACCUUUUCUUACUUUCUACCCCUCCUCCGACAAUCCUCUGCCUGUUCAGAUGUCAACUACUGUGGUGGCACACAUUCGACUUCUUCCGACAUGAUCGUCGCUGCUUCUGCCAAGCUCUUCCAAAAGUGGGGAGGCGGCACCAAGUCUAAACUCUGCGGGCAGAGCAUCGUUCUCACCGCCAGAGGCA